CGUGCCUCUUUUUGAGGCAGGAAGGCACGCGACAGGAAAGCGCCAACUGCUUUAGGUAGGAGGUCAACCGAGGAUGGAGCUUUCUCCUCACGCAGAACGCACAUGUGUGCAGCACGGUUGGAGAAAAAGCAUCUACCAUGACACUGAACCAUCGACGGCGGUAAAAGUAAAACGUACACGUACCUUAUCACCAUUUAAAUUGAAGGUUAAACCCGUCUAAGCCCGCCGUGCCCUGUCUACGUUUCUUUGGUGGAUCAAUUUUUCUCUCUCCUUCCUCUCUAUCUCGUCGUCGCUAUCUCUGUCGCUAUCAGAUAAGGUACGCCGUACAGAUAAACGGACGGCUUGCGCCUUACCCUGCACCUGCUGCUCCCACUUCCUGGACAACUUAUCAGCGACCAGCAGCCAUGACUUUCCAAACCGCAAAGGCCACGGCCAUGGAGAAGAAGAACAAUGCCACUAUGGCCUUCAAGAGCUGGGACAACUUCAAGGCUUGGGUUCGCGUGCCGGACACUGCACUCGAUCGCCAUUCGAAUGGAGAUUCAGGCCAGACAUGGUCGAACGAGGACCUCGACCCGACACCCCCAGAAAGACGUACCUGGCGGUGGUACAACUAUGUCAUCUUCUAUUUCGCAUUGUCCUUCGGCAAUUGGACACUGGGCUCGAGUCUGAUCGGUAUUGGUCUCAACUACUGGCAGGCCAUUCUCGCCAUCUUCAUCUCGCAGUUCAUCAGUUCGAUCGCCAUGCUGUUCAACUCCCGCUGCGCCUCGGUCUACCACGUCGGAUACCCCAUUGUCGCAAGAAGUGUCUUUGGCAUGUGGGGAUCAUACUACUUCGUGGGUGCUAGAGCAAUCCUGGCGGUCGUCUGGUUCGGUGUGCAAGCCUUCUCGGGUGCCUCGCUGGUCGCCAACAUGCUACGCGCUGUAUUUGGACACAACUUCACGGACAUCCCGAACCGAAUUCCAGCAUCCCAAGGUAUCACCUCUGCAGGCAUGCUCGCCUUCUUCCUUUUCUGGCUGGCACACUUCCCCCUGGCAUUGAUGCGUCCGUACCAGCUGCGUACCUUCUUCAACGUCAAGACCAUACUCAUGAUCCCAGCCGUAUGGGGUUUGUUCAUCUUCUGUAUGGCCAACACCGGAGCUUCGUUGGGUACCGAGAAGCUUUCAGAAGCCUCCGGAGUCAGCGCAUCUGGCAAAUGGGGCUGGUUCUUCAUGAAUGCAGUCAACGCAGGUCUUGGAAACACUGCCACUCUCAUCACCAACCAGCCCGAUAUCGCCAGAUGGUCCAAGACGAGAUCUGGUGCCAUGUGGUCGCAGCUGAUCACCAACCCUAUCGCUGUGACUCUGUCUGCCAGUCUGGGUAUCUUGUCCACUGCUGCCAUCAACAACGCAUGGGGUCUCUCGCUCUGGAACCAGUGGGAUCUCCUUGACGCGAUCAUGGACAGAUAUUGGAGAAGUGAUGUGCGCUUUGCCAUCUUCCUCUGUGCAGGAUGCUGGGCUGUCAGUCUUUUGGGUACCAACGUUGCUGCCAACAUGAUCCCCUUCGGUUCAGACUCGAGCAUGUUGUUCCCUCGUUACAUCACCAUUCCUCGUGGACAGUUCUUGGUUACCUGCUUGGGCUUUGCUAUCGUACCCUGGAAGAUUUUGGCAUCUGCUGGUGUAUUCACAACUUUCUUGGCCGGUUAUGGUCUCUUCAUGGCCUCCGUCGUCGCCAUCAUGGUCUGCGAAUACUUCUUGCUCACCCGCGGUAACCUCUUCAUCGCCCACUGCUACAACGGCGGCAAGGAGAACCCCCACUACUACUACAUGAAGGGCUGGAACGUCCAAGCCGUCAUCGCCUACCUCUGCGGUAUCGCCCUCCCAUUCCCUGGUUUCGUCGGCUCCCUCGGCGCCAAUGUCAGCACUACAGCACUCAACAUGGGCCACAUUGGCUGGCUGUUGAGUUUCACCACCAGUUUCGUCCUCUACUGGGCAAUCUGCACCGUCUGGCCCACCAAGAACCAAAAGAUCAUCAAAGAAAUGGGCUUGAGAUUCGAAGAAAUGGCCGAAAGAGACAUGAUGGCACUUGACGGCACCAUCAUCCCCGAAAGUGCCGAGGGCAUAUCUGAGGAUCAAGUCGCUUGGGACGAGACCGAGAAGAAGGCAGUGGCUUUCGACUCGCGUAGAGUCAGCGAUUGAUACAGACCGGGGCAAAAACACACAACAAAACAACAACGAUGAUGAUAACACAGAAGAUAAGAAACCAAUAUAGAUGAUAAGCACACAUGGAUGAACCCUUUGAGGCUUCAUCGAAUUUCCUCUCAACCUC